AUGGACUCCCGCCAGCUCAUUGAUGCCCAAUUCGACCGCGCCGUGGAGAUUGUGCAGAGUCUCCCGAAGACGGGCCCCAUUCAGACGGCAUAUGAGGACAAACUAAACAUCUUGUACAAGCAAGCGACUGUUGGGAAUGUCCAGGGUCCUCGUCCGAGUGUCUGGGAUAUGCUGGGUAGGGCGAAAUGGGAUGCAUGGGCGAAACACAAAGAUCUCGACUCUUACGAGGCCAAGUGGUUAUAUGUCGACGCCCUACUCAAGGUCCUGCGGAAAUACCCUGACAAGACGGUGGCGAGGGAUUUAGUGCGGGAGCUGGAAUCGUAUAAUGGCGAUCCUUCAAAUCUGGUAAUGAGCGGAAUAUCCUCAAGACCUCCUGCCUCCGCUUCGUCUGGGUCCUCUGCCUCCGGCGAAAUUCCCCCCAUAUCCCAACGUCCAUCUGAGUACAUGUCUGCUCAAGCCCGCGUCAACCAGCCGCCACCACCACCUGGGGACCCAGGUGUCCUAGACUCAGAAACGGACGAGAGUACGUCCGACGAGGAAGACGAAGCUGCCGACGUGGUCCCUCCCGCAAUCACAUCCCCGCUGCAAGUACCUGGCCAGCUGAACCGCCCCCAGUCGUCCCUUUCCUCACGCCGCUACCGAACUCCAAUGGCAGGCUCUCUCCUGAUUCCAUCCUCGCCACCGAUGAACGUCCCUGCCACACAGCCGCACCCAGGCUUCCAGACGCAAUCCGCGUUUGGCGAGUCUGCCGCCUCUUUGCCCUCCUCCGCAUAUCCUACCACAUCGGUCUCGUACCCCGAGCAAAUACCCCAUUCGUCUUCAGUCGAUCCCCAGGACUUUGUGCGCGGUGGAUACCGGCCCCCAAGUCAGCCCCAAUACCGCACAUAUGGAGGUUCAACCGUCCCCCCUCCGCGUCCAGCGUCUUUACCCUUGCUCGAACGCGCCGUCGAGAGCGUGCAGGUCCACCUCGCCGCCAUCACAGAACGGCUCGAAACGCUCGAGAGCCUGCUGCACCACUCGACCGCCUCACUCUCGCCAGCCGGUCCGGGUCCGCGCUCGCCCGGACUGCUCGCGGGGCGCGGGUCCCCAUCCGGCGGCGGCGCACGCGGUGGCGGUGUGCGCUGGGACGUCGACGACAUGGGCAUGUGGACGCUCGUGCUGCACCCGCUCGCGCGUGCGCUGCGCCUGUUCAAACAGCUCGCGGCGUUCCUCGCCAACGGCGAGGGCCGCUCGCCAACGUUUGUCGUCGUACGGCGGCUCUUCCUCGACAUCUCAUUCGUGCUCUGCUUCCUCGCGCUCGUGAAGGCGGGGUGGCGCCGGAGCGGGGUGAGGCGGAAGGAGGUCGUCGCGGCGCUGCGCGGGCUGUGGCGCGCGAUUCUGGGCCAGCAGGGCAGGCGGCAUAUGGUAGAGCGCGGGGUGUAA